AUGGAACUGCAACGCUCUUGUUCGGGUCUCCUCGGCCUCUUUAUUUUGCUCCUAACAUGUGUGCCUGGAAUAUUUGCUCGGCCAGGCUCCUUCUAUGACACAGGUCCCCAAACCUCGUCGGAAUUCCAGUCACGACCCGCGCCUCGCUCCGCAAAAAACUCGACACACGACAAGUAUCUCAUUGGCACCGGCAAAGCGGACAUCACGGGACCCGUGGCUGAAAUCAUCCUCAGCGGCUACGCAAACCUCCAGCAGGUCGGCGGCGGCAUUCGGCAGAGGUUGUUCAGCCGAGCCUUUAUUAUCGGUGAUGUGGACAAUCCCGAAGAUCGAAUUGUCUAUGUCGUCCUCGACAAUCUGGUCGGAGAUACAGCAAUUCGAUACGGAGUUUUGGAUGCGCUCAAAGCCCUCGGCGCUCCCUAUUCCGUAUAUGGCCAGCACAACGUGGCACUUGCGGCAACCCAUAGCCAUUCUGGACCGGGCGGCUGGAACAAUUACUUGAUUCCUCAAAUUCCAGGCUUGGGCUUCACUCCAGAAAGUUAUCAAGCCAUUGUUGACGGCGCGACCCUGUCGAUCAAACGAGCACAUGAAAGUCUAGAAGAGGGAUACCUUGACGUCGGCACCACCGAGAUUACGGAUGCAUCCAUAAACAGAUCACAAUGGUCCUAUUUACACAACCCUGCUGAGGAACGGGCCAAAUAUAGUGCGUCGACCGACACGACUAUGACCCUGUUGCGCUUCACCCGGGCCUCGGAUAAUAAAAUCACCGGACUGCUGAACUGGUUUCCGGUGCAUGGCACUUCGCUCUAUCGAAAUAAUACCCACGUUGCGGGCGACAACAAAGGGCUAGCAGCGUGGAUGACGGAACAAACGCUGAGGGGAGAUUCCGCCUUCGCAAGCAAUCUGGUGGCGGCUUUUAGUCAAGCAAAUCUUGGUGAUGCCAGCCCCAACGUAGAGGGUGCUUGGUGCGAAGAUGGAUCUGGCACACAGUGUGAUUUUGAGAACGCAACGUGUGCGGAUGGAACUGUUGCAAAAUGUCAAGGCCGCGGUCCUCGCUGGCAAGUUCAAGACCAAGGUGCAAGCAGCUGCCAUGAGAUUGCACUUCGCCAAUUGAGGGGUGUCAAGGAGAUUCUGGCUUCCAUGUCCAAAUCCGCCACUCCUGUUCGGGGCCCUACAGUCAAGUCGUUCCACUUCUUUCACGACAUGGAGUAUUGGGAAUUCACAACACUGAACGGGGAGACUGCCAUGACCUGCCCUGCGGCCCUCGGGUACGGCUUUGCUGCUGGGACGACGGAUGGCCGAGGCGAGUUUGACUUUGUCCAAGGGGACAACGGUAAACCACGCAACUAUCGUCCGUGGGACUUUAUUUUGCACCUCAUCAAGAAUCCAUCUCUGCGGCAGAUGGAAUGUCAAAAGCCAAAGCACAUAUUCCUGAGUGGAGGGGAGCUCAAACAACCAUACGAGUGGGAGCCAAGCAUCGUGGAUGUCAUGAUGUUUCGGGUGGGCCAACUGGUCAUGAUCCUGAGCCCAAGUGAGGUUACCACAAUGAGUGGUCGGCGGUGGAAGGAAGCCGUUGAGAAACAGGCAACCUCGUUUGUUGAUGAUCCAGUUGUGGUUCUAGGCAGCCCGGCCAAUACCUACGCGCACUAUGUUGCGACGCCGGAGGAAUACGACGUCCAGCGUUAUGAGGGCGCUUCAACAUUAUUUGGACGUCAUGAACUUGACGCUUAUAUCAACCUCACAGUCAGCAAUAUGCACUACUUGAGGCCCGACGCCACCGAUAAGCCAGAGCAGGGAAAGUUGCCGCCAGAUAAUCGGAAGAAGUCGUUCAAUCUUGUUCUGCCUGUGAUGUAUGACACAGCGCCGCCACUCAGAGCUUUUGGAAAAGUCCUGACGCAGCCCAAAGCAGAGUACAAGCGCGGUGAUGCAGUCAAGGCCAGCUUUCAAGGGGCGAAUCCACGGAAUAAUCUUCGCCUCGAGGGCACUUUCGCGGCAGUUGAGAAGCAAGGCAAAGAUGGGACGUGGAGCCAGGUCGUAGACGAUUCGGACUGGUACCUCGUCUUUACGUGGCGGCGCACGAAUACCAUCUUCGGGUAUAGCGAGGUUGACUUUGUGUGGGAUACAUCAGGGAACGCUGGACCAGGAACCUAUCGAUUCAAGUAUUAUGGCGAUGCUAGAAAUCCCGGUGCAGGCAUUCAUGCGUUCACUGGAACUAGUAACGCGUUCAAAAUUGGCUAG